AUGUCGAAGCUGAUAAAAGCAGCUACUAAACCAAAAAACAACCUACCUAAGUCUAAAUUACUAGAACCAAUCAUAUCUGCAUCCUACACCGAUGAAGCUACUUUAAAUGAUCUUUUAAGAGCUCUAUCGCAAAGGUUACGCGAACCGCAUCCUAUCGUCGUCUUCAAAUCGCUAGUCAUAGUACAUUCUUUAUUUAGAAACGGCGACACUGAUUUGAUAUUAAGCUCGCUUUCACAUCACGAUACACUAAAACUAUCGAGGGUUUCAUCAUCCACUCAAAACAUACAAUCUUACUCGAACUACUUGGAUUCUCGUAUAAAAUCUUACAAAGAUCUUAGACACGAUAUCAUCAAGUCUCAAACUUCCUCCCGUGGUUCUUCACGUUCAAGCUUAGACCCUUCUCAGAGACCAAACCAAUUGCGUCUUCUAACAGUAGAGAAAGGUCUCCUUCGCGAGGUUAAACAUGUGCAAAAGUUGAUUGAUGCCCUUACCACUUGCAGAUUCUUCUUAGAUGAUUUGGAAGACGAGAUCACCGUCGCGGCACUACAACUUAACACCAAAGAUCUCUUGUCACUCUUUAGCGCUCUCAAUGAAGGUGUUAUCAACGUCCUUGAAAGUUACUUUGAAAUGAGUAAGAUAGACGCUACAGAGGCUCUCAAAAUAUACCGCACUUUCUGCAGACAAACAGAAAGCGUCAUCCAGUAUUUGAGCAUUGCUAGACGUUUACACAAUGUUUUGAAUGUUUUGGUACCUAAUAUUAAGCAUGCACCUUUAUCUCUCUAUGGUGCUCUAAAGGAAUACCUCGAAGAUCCAAACUUUGAGCAAAACAGAAUAGAGUAUAAACAUAACAAGUCUGUCAUUGAUGGUGGAUCCUCUGAUAGUAGACGUCGUUCAACCUAUCAACCACCUGCAAAAGCACCAUCACCACAACCACAACCAGUUACGCAAUCACAAAAUGAAGGGCAAACUAAUAAAGCGUUACCUGCAGCAGACUUCCUUGAUUCGAUUGAAAGCAAUCAAGGUACUAACGCGAAUACUUUUAAUGGGCUCCAACCAAACAACACCGUUAAUGGGUUCCAACAGAUGCAAAACCCACAACAACCAUUCUUACAGCCCCAAAAUACUGGAUACUUACCUUUCGCAUCGCCUCAGUCAAUACAUUCACAGUUCACUGGAUUUGCUGGCCAGAAUAAUACAGCUAACCCAUACCAGCAACAGCAGCAGGUACAGCAACCUCAAGUAUUCCAACAACAGGUACAACAGCCACAACAACAACCAUUUAUGUCACCUCAACAAACAGGUGUGCAGCCCCAGAUAACAGGUUUCCACCAGCAGGCAGGUAUUCAGCCUCAAAUGACUGGCUUCCAAGGUCAGCAAACUGGUAUUCAUCCUAGUGUACAACCUCAAAUGACUGGUAUACAACCACAAAGUACAGGAUUUAAUCCUUUCAGGGCAUCACUCUCUCCCGUGGCUACUGGCAUGCAAUCAUUUGAAGCGGUCGACCAAAACCAGAAUAAUCCAAUGAGAUCGCACUUUUUGUCGCAAAUUCCACCAGCUAAGCCUGUUACUGCACAAAAGACGGGUUCACGCAAUCCAUUUUCUAAUACUGGACAGAAUGUUGGUGGUUCUCAACCAACGCAAAGUCAGAGCGGUAGUAAUGAUAAUAAUGGACCAACAUUGAACAGUUUGGCAUUUAAUGCCUUCAAUCUGCAACAGCAGCAACAACAACAACAACAAUUUCAGCAACAACAACAGGCUUUUGAUACAUUUCCAAGCGGCUUUACUAACGAUAAUGGUUUGCAACCUCAACAGACUGGACAGCCAGACUUUGCUUCAAAGAAGUUCCAACCUACAUCUUCCUUUGGUACAACGCUAGAGAAACAAUUUGAUACUAACAAUCCAUUCCCAAGUCAAGGAAGUCAAACAACUCGGGGAAAUCAAGGAAACCACAGCUUAUCACCACAAUCAACCAGUCAAUUUUCAUCACAAAUGGCUAGUCAAUUACAGGUACAACCAACUGGUAACUUGUCACCCCAAACGGCUGGACAUAUGCAGGCACAACCUAGUGGGCAACUGCAGACACAACCAACUGGACAAUUCUCAAAUCAAAUGACUAGCCAAUUACAAGUGCAACCUAGUGGACAAUUUCAAACAUUACAAAUGCCGCAGAGGGAGCAAUAUACCGGAAUGAAUAAUCCAAAUCCAUUUAGAAUGUCUAUGAUGAAAUAA